AAGUGAAACAUUUAUACGUAUCUAUCUGAAACACUCAUGCAAGCACAUAUUUGUAUAAAUGUUUCAAAUGUAUGAAUACGUUUUUCAGUUAUAUGUAUGUAUGCUCUUACAUGAGGAUGUGCAAGCGUUUCACAUGUAGUAUUCAUACCAGUAAUUUCAGUAGUGACGGUGAGAGCGUUUCAAUAGUGAAUGUAAGAGUGUUUCAUAGGUAUGUGUGCAUGAAAUUCCAAGGUAAAGGUCGGCAUUUAAACCGGAAGGCGGGAACAAAGAAUGCCGGUUUCUAAGCCAACGGUGAAGAGCGUGUCAUUUCAGCCAAUCUAAGCCAACGGUGAAGAGCGUGACUGACAUUUCAGGUUUUUUGUGUUAUUGAAUAUGAAUAUGAAGGUGCAACUUUAAUUAUUUUGAUCAGUCUGGAGGCUUUAUUUGUAAUUGGCAAUCGCGAUGAAAUCGUAUGUUAUCUAAAUAGGGUGCUGCGCUGCGUUGAAAGCCUACAGCAAGACCCGGGAGACGAGAAAUGUUUUAGAGAGCUUAAUGACCACACCAUUAUAUUAAAUUCUAUGUUGUCCAUGGUUCGCUCUAGGGAAGGACCUGAUGGAGAGACUGUUGUUUUUUUGCAGUCAAUAUGUUUUUGUUUCAGUAGAUUGUGUAAUUUUAGAACUAGGCCUAGAAAUACUCAAGAAAACUGCCUUCCUCCUCCGGUUCCACCUACAGCCAGACUUGGCAUUCCAUGUCGCCCACGAUACGACAUAACAGUUGAGCAAUUUAACCAGUGCCUGGGACUUGGUUUUAACUGGCAGGGAAUUGCUUCUUUUUUCGGAAUAAGCCGUCGGACUGUGUUCAGACAUAGGCAACGUCUUGGUGUCGGACCUUUAGAAUACACGUCCUUGACCAAUGUAGAACUUACAUCAAUCGUGAGGGAGAUUUCCAUGAGUACCCCGAAUGCUGGUGAGAGAUACGUCAUUGGAAGUCUACGGGCUCGCGGAAUUCGUAUCCAGCGCUGGAGGAUCCGUCAAACUCUGCAGGAGAUUGAUCCCGUCGGACGGUCAUUGAGACGCAGUCAAGCCAUUCGCCGAAGGGUUUACAGUGUGCAAACUCCAAACGAGUUAUGGCAUAUUGACGGGAACCAUGAAUUGGUGAGGUGGAGAAUGGUGUUCCAUGGCUGUGUGGAUGGGUACAGUCGCUCCAUCAUAUACCUUGAGUGCCUCAAUAAUAACAGGGCAUCAAGCGUUUUGAGCCUGUUUCAGCAAAGUGUAUCUGACUUUGGUCUGCCUUCGAGAGUACGGAGCGACCAUGGAAGGGAAAACAUAGAGGUUGCCCGAUUCAUGCUGAACAAUAGAGGGGUGAAUAGAGGGAGUAUGAUCAUGGGGCGCAGCGUACACAACCAAAGAAUAGAGAGGCUAUGGGCAGGACUAAACCGAGUCGUUUCUUAUUACUUCUCUGACUUAUUUACGUUUAUGGAAAAUGAAGGCAUACUUGACUCUCUUUGUGAUCUUCAUUUAUUUUGUUUGCAUUACAUUUACUUACCUCGGGUUCGAAGGGGAGUAAGAGAAUUCAGGAGCCGAAGGACCCAUUAAUGAAUGAUGGAAAUCAUGGAAUACAAUUAUUUCUGUCUCUUUUACAUUUUUUGCAAGCAAGACAUCCCAGAGGACUAAGUGAAUGAUUCUCUUACUAGUGUGCAAAGUUGAGUUGGCUCUUAGCCUAAGAAUUUCACUACUGAUAUUGAUGUUGCUAGUUGAUGUCUAGUAUGUCAAUAAACUUGAACUUGAAUUAAGAGAUGGGGCUAUUAUUACAUAAAACAUUUAUUAAUAUGUAAAUGUACCUGUAUAAAAAAAAUGUAGAUUGGACACAUCUACAUUCUGCAACAGAACCCCCAAGCUCAUCCAACAAGUAAAGUACACUUUAAUUAAACUUGACAAUAAAAACAAAU